ACAAUUCCUCCUCUUCAGUCCUGACUCCGUGAUACUGUAUGAGAUGCCAACUGGCCUCACUUAAAGAUCGUGGCUUCCUAAUUGAUGUUCCAGAUCCGUUGCAGGAGUGCUAGUCUAAAUUAUAUGCCGAUCCCACUGCGGUCACACUGCGGUGGGCGACAAUUUAUGAUUCAAGUUAGGUCGUUGGACGGUGGUUCAACAGCCUGAUUUUUUUGUAGAGCUGAUCGUGCUUCCUACGUGUGAUGGCGUCACGGAAGCAGCCAUUUCCAACAGAGGACAUCGACAUCGGCCAUGUGCUACUGGAGGCGCGGACCAGAUGGCUCAAGCCAGUGGAGGUGUGCAACAUCCUGCAGAACUUCCGCAAGUACGAGUUCCAGCUCAACCAAGAACCGCCGGCCAAGCCGCCUAGCGGGUCGCUGUUCCUGUUCGACCGCAAGGUGGUGCGCUACUUCCGCCGCGACGGGCACGUGUGGCGCAAGAAGAAGGACGGCAAGACCGUCCGCGAGGCGCACGAAAAGCUCAAGGCCGGCAGUGUGGACAUCCUGCAUUGCUACUACGCCCACGCGGAGAGCGACGACCGCUUCCAGCGCCGCUGCUACUGGCUGCUCGACGGGGAGAACGAGAACAUUGUCCUGGUGCACUACCGUGAAGUGGCACAGGGCACGGGGCGCGCGCAGCAGUCCCCCAGGCACAGCACAGUGGACUCGCUGCCCCUGUACACGGGCCAGGGACCAGACAUGAGCAUGGACGACCUCUCCGCGUCUGUAGGCGGGGGCUUCGGUGGCGGGGGCGGUGGAGCUGCUAGUGGCGGUAGUGGUGGCGGUAUGGGAUCAAUGGCUGCAGCCAGCAGUGCUGCCGGCGCUGGUGCUGCGGGCAUGGCUGGUGGGGGCGUGCACACCCCUUCCACCAGCCACUCUGGCAGCGGCCGCAUGGUGCUUCCCUAUGCUGGCAGCUCUGCUGCUGCUGGUGGUAUCGGUGGUGGUGUUGGUGGUGGUGUUGGCGGCGGUGGUAGUGGGAUGAUGAUGGGCGGGAGAGGGGGUGCCCUAUCCAUGGAUAUACCUGCGUCGCCCAGCCACGUGUCGCCUGGCGACUACUCCUCGUCGUACGCGGGGGGAAACGACUCGGGGGCGUUCAUGGGCGGGGGGAGACGCGGGGAGGACGGCGAGGAGGACGAGUAUGAGAGUGGGUCUGAGAGGUUUGGGGAGGAGGACGACUCUGCCGUGAAUUGGACACAGCUGGAUCUGCCAGGGGGUGCUAGGGGGAUGGGUGGGGGGAUGGGGGGAAGUGGAGUGGGCGGAGGAGGGCUGGGGGUGGGUCAGCAGGAGCAGCAGUUGAGGGCACUGCAACAGCAGCUGCUGCAGCAGCAGCAGCCGCAGCAGAUGCAGGCACAGCAGCAGAUCCAGCUGCAGAUUCAGCAGCUGCAGCAGCAGAUCCAGCACCAGCAACAGCAGCAGCAGCAGCAGCAGCAGCAGCAACAGCAACAGCAGCAGCAACAGCAGCAACAGCAGCAGCAGCAGCAGCAGCAGCAGCAGCUGCUGCUGGCGGGAAUGACUGAUUUCAUGGGCUUAUCCAGCACUGUCGGUGCGCUGCAGAGCAACCUUGGCGUGCCAGGGGCGUCUGAUCAGCUGUUGCAGCAGAACAACCAUCAGCAGCAAAUCUCCAGGCUCCUGGAACAGCAUCAGCAGCAGCAACAACAUCAGCUGCAGCAGCAGCAGCAGCAGGACAUGCAGUCCCUCUUGAGAGACACUGUGGUUUUAGACGAACUCAUCAAGGCAUCAGGCCUCGCAGGCUCUUUUGGAACCGAUUCCUCUGCAGCAGCCACUGCAGCCGCCACAGCAGCAGCCGGUGCUGCUGGUUCUGGGAAUGCAGCAGCAGCAGCAGGUACCGGUUCUCCCGGGCUUGGAGUGGGCGGCGCAGCUGAGGGGCAGCUGAGCUCGCUGGCGUUUGCCAGCUCUUCCUCCUCCGGCCAACAUGCAGACCUGGCGUCGCUCCUCCUGCAGUCUUUCCCGCUCAAUGAGGCCACCAGGGAAGCAGCGUUCAGCGGGGGUGGUGCCUCCGGCUCCCCACGCGCCAUCGCUGCUGCCACCGCCGCCGCAGCCGCCGCCAUAGCUGCCGCCGCCUCCCCUGCCGCACCUCCCGCGAGCUGGCUCGGCGCCUUUCCUCCGGAGCUCCGGAGCUCCGGGGGAGACGUGGGGGGCUCUGGACGGCCUACGGUGUUCUCGCACAUGUUCGACGAGAUGCAGACGGAGGGGUCUAAUAGGAGCCUUCCUGGGUUAGCUCCCAGCGGGAGCAUGCCUAAGAGCGGCAGUAUCCCCCUUAGCAGCAGCAUUCCUAACGAGCCUGCGCUAUUCCGGAAGCUGGACAGCUUUGGCGAGUGGAUCGAGGAGGUUUAUAAAGGGGAUGGCGGCGGCGGCGGCGCAGGGGGGAGUGGUAUGGGAGCGGGAGAAGAUGCAGUUAUGGCUGGCAGUGGCAGCGGUGCCAUACCUGCCCCUGGUUCGGUCCCCAUGCCUGCAGCAGGUUCGGGUGGUGGUGUUUCUACCCCUGCUGAUGUGUUUGACCUGCGGAUCCACCAGGCCAUGCGGCGGCUGGCGCCCUCGCCCUCGCCCCUCUCCUCCCCGGACCUCUCCCCUACGUCCAAGGCGAGGAGGGUGAAGGAGGAGGCAGUGGGAGUAGAGGCGGACGAGGAGGAGGGAGGGCUGGCUAGUAGCAAGUAUGACCUGUCUUUCAUAGCGGCAUCGCCCAUGCUCCCUCUUGGUAGCAACGCUGCCGGGGCCGUGGGGGGAGGAGGAGGAGGGGUGAGAGGGGUUGGGUUGAGAGCGUUUUCGAUCGGUGGAGGGGGGUCGGUGGUGGCAGCAGCGGACUCGCCGCGGCCGCUUGUGACGUUCUCGAUAGCGGACUAUGCGCCCACGACUGCAGUCACCAUGGGCGGGGUCAAGGUGCUGCUAGCAGGCUCCAUCCACGACCCCAGGGCGAGCCCAGGGACACCCACGCUCUCCAGCCCUCAUUCCCUGGGUGGCAGUGGUAGCCUCGGCCGGGGCAGCGGCAGCUUCGGCAGCAGCGGCGGGCGGGGCGAGACGGUGGGGGGGGUGCGGUGGGGGGUGACGUUUGGGGAGGUGGAGGUGGAGGCAGAGCAGGUGUUACACGGGGUGUUACGGUGCGUUGCCCCCAUGCACAAGGAGGGGCGAGUGAGCCUCAGAGUCACGUGCACCCCUGCUGCUGCUGCUGCUUCUGGUGCUGGUGCUGGUGGUGGUGAUAGUGGUGCUUCUGCGGGUGUGGACAGUGGGGGUGGGGCCGGCGGCCAUUCAAUGAGUCAAAACAUGGCAGUAGCAGCAGCAGGAACGGCAGCAGGGGAAGGAACCAACCGUGUGAAGAGAGUUCCCUGUAGCCCUCCCGUACCCUUUGACUUCCUCCCCCCUUGGCAGUCGUUCAAAAAGAGCUUGGCUCUUGACCGGACCAGAAACCCAUCUGCUGGUAGCAGGCCAACUUUAUCCCGACUCUUCCUCUCGGAGCGCGCUCUCCUCUCCCGCCUCCUCUGCGUCAUCUCCCGCAUCAACCGCGCCAGCGUAGCGGACGUCAGCACUGACUGGGCAUGGGUGGACGACGCCCUGGCGUCCACGUCAGCAUACGCCAGAGAAGCCGGGGGUGAGGGAACAGACGGCAUGUGUAGGUCUGAUGGGAACGGGGGGGAGGAGCUGUUGGGGGGGGAUGGGGGAAUGGGAGUGGAUGGGGAGGAAGGGGAGGAUGGGGAGGAGAUUGAGAGGGGUGUGUGGGGGUAUGGAAGCGAGGAGGAAGAUGCCGAGGAGUAUGCUCUAGGGUUGCGAGGCCAAGGAGGGGCCAAGGUAGGGGGAGGAGGAGCAGGAGGAAAUGGAGGUGGAGGGGGAGUGGGAGGAGGCCAACAGGGGAGCCUGGUGCAGGUGGAAGGGGUAUUGCUGCAGGCGUUGAUGCGGCGGCAUCUGGGCCGCUGGUUGGCGUUGAACAGUGACGCAGCGAGGGAGGCGGGCAGGGGAAGGGGAGGGCAGGGGCUGGGCCUGGCUCAUUUGGUGGCGGCGCUGGGGUGGUCGUGGGUGGUGCCACAGCUGAUGUCGGUUGGGUGGGACUUGAAUGCGAGAGACAGGCGCGGGUGCACUGCGUUGCACUGGGCGGCUGCUAAGGGAAGGGAAGCAAUGGUGGUGGCACUAGUAGCAGCAGGGGCCAACGCCUCUCUCUUGGCUCGUGUGGGGGGAGUCGAGCGCACCGCAGCUGACACAGCGGACGGGUGCGGGCACAAGGGCAUAGCGGCCUACCUAGCGGAGUCGUCCCUCAACUCCUCCCUCUCCUCUAUGACCCUCCAAGACCAACACCAGCUCGCUGCUGACCCCUCUCUGCUCCAAUCCGCCGCUGCUGCCGGCCAUGCUGCAGUAGCAGCAGCUGCUGGUGGUGGUGUGGCUGCCGUUGUCGCUGGUGGUGCUGCUGCAGGUGCCGCUGCUGGUGGUUUCCGCAGGGCAUCUCCCGCGUCAAUCGUCGCCGCGUCAGCAGACAUGCAAGAGACCCUAGAUGCGAUCCGACGGACAGCACAGGCAGCAGCACUAAUCCAGGAGCGGUUCAGAAAGCAUGCGGAGCGAAGGCGGCAGCAGCAGCAGGAGGAGGAGGAGAUCCGAGAGGAAGAAAGAGCAGUGGCCGCAGCAGCAGAGGCGGCGGCAGGGCUGGGGAUAGGGGGGGAUGAUGAGUUAGACGAGGAGGAGGCAAGGAUGCUGGUUGCUGCGAGGAAGAUCCAGAAUGCAUUCAGAGGGCACAAGAACCUGAAGCACUCGGAGGCGGCGCGGAGCAUUCAGAGACGGUUCCGGGUGUGGAAGCACCGGCGGGACUUCCUGCGCAUGCGGCAGCGAGUGAUCAAGAUUCAGGCGCACGUGAAGGGGCACAUCCAGCGUGUGAAGUACAAGAAGAUGAAGUGGGGCCUUGGGAUCAUCGCCAAGGCUGUGCUGCGCUGGCGAUUUCGCCGCAGCGGCGUGCGCUGCCUCAAAUCCAACCAGGCAGGCGACAGCGGGGGAGAGAGGGAGGUGAGCAUGGCAGUGAGCCGCAUGCAAGCGAUGGCUCAUUCGGUGGAGGGCCGGGCGCAGUAUUCCAGGAUGAAGCAGGCUCAGAUGGACAUGCAGCAGGAGAUUCAGAUGCAGCAGAUGCACAUGCAGCACAUGCAACAGCAGCAGCAGCAGCAGCAGCAGCAGCAGCAGCAGCAGCAACAGCAGCAGCAGCAGCAGCAACAGCAACAGUUGCAGCAGCUGCAGCAGCAUCAACAGUUACAGCAUCAGCAACAGCAGUUAAAGCAGCAGCAGCAGCAGGUGCCUGAUCUGCUGCAGCAAGCACACCUGCUGAUGCAGCAGCAGCAGCAGCAGCAGCAGCAGCAGGAGCCAGAGCAGCACUGGAACCAGUGAACUCAUGUCAUGCUAGCUCGUUGCGUUGCGUCCAAUUUUGACCUCCGGAAAUCGGAUGCGAUUGUGUUGUAGCUGUGGUACCACAUGAUAUGAAGCUUGCUACAUGCGAGUGAAUGAUGUUUUUUUUCUCCCGGUAUUAGAAAAGCAGAG